CCAUACGUGGGCUCAAUCUGAGAGUAUAAGCCUCGGCCAAUUAAAAAGUGGGCUUUUAUUACAGUAAAACGUGGGCCCACUACUUUUGAUUCUUAUAUUGGAUAGACGUUUGUGGGUGAUCAGAUCGGAUUGAUUUUGAUUGUGUAUCGCUUCUCUCUCUCUCUCUCUCUCCGCUGUCGGAACAAGCCAAAAGCAAAGGAUAAAAAAAAACAAUGGAGUCCAGCAGAGGUCAAGGUGGUAUCCAGCAGUUGCUUGCUGCUGAACAGGAAGCUCAACACAUUGUCAAUGCUGCCAGGACCGCAAAGAUGGCAAGGCUGAAGCAGGCCAAGGAGGAGGCUGAGAAGGAGAUUGCUGAAUACAAAGCUAAAACAGAGCAAGACUUCCAGAGGAAACUUGAGGAGGUAAGAGUAAACAGAGAGCAAUUACUUUCUUGUCCUGUCAAAUACAAUACAAAAGCAGUGUAUAUAUAUAUAUUUGGGGGGGUUGAAAACAAACAGACAAGUGGAGACUCGGGUGCGAAUGUGAAGAGGCUGGAGCAGGAGACUGAUGCCAAAAUCGAACAGCUGAAGAACGAAGCUUCCAGGAUCUCCAAUGAUGUUGUGGAGAUGCUCCUCAAACAUGUCACCACUGUCAAGAACUGAGAGAGAUUCGAUUCCAUUCCUCUGUAAUAAUCAAAAGCCAUUUAUGAGUUUAUUUCUUUCUUUAUCUCAUUUCACGCGUGUGGUGUUGUUACUGGAUUGAAUCUCAGAGACUCAAAUCUCAUAUGAAAUGUGUUUCUUGUAAUUUAUUCUUCUUUUUCUUCUUGUUUGUUGUAUUCAUCAUUUCCUUUUGAGGAUUGUAAUAAAAUUGAGAGCUGGAUUAUCCUUUUUUA